AGAGGCUAUUUGCACUUCGCCUUCAGUCAUGGCUAAGCUGGCGUUUCUUUUGGUGGCUGUUUUCACAGUCAUCUUCCUCGCUGAGGUUUCAACUCAUCUCAACUUUGAGGACAUACCCUAUCCUGGACAGAUGGUUGUGAAAGGUGUAAACAGGAGGCAAACCCAAGAAAAAGGCAAUUUGGACAACGGACUUGCCGUUGCUCGCGGUCACGCUGUCGUUCUCGUUCCCGCUCCUGCACCGCGGCCUGGCGUGAGCCUAGAUUGUGGAGGGCUGUGUAAGAGGAGGUGUAGCCUGCACUCGAGGCCGAACCUGUGCAACAGAGCAUGUGGUACUUGCUGUGCAAGGUGCAAGUGUGUGCCACCAGGGACUUCAGGCAACAGAGAAAUGUGUGGGAAGUGCUACACCGGCAUGACCACCCACAGGAACCAGACCAAGUGCCCUUAAAUUAGGCACCCCCCAUGGAAGCUCUCUCAUUUUCUGUCAUGUUAAUUACUCCUAAUAUGCACUACUACUACUACUCUCUUCACUCUUCUCUCUCUCUCUCUCUCUCUCUCUAGCCAACUGUACUAUGCUUGGGAUGGUUUGUUCAAUGUACAACUACUUAAAAGUUAUUACAUAUAUCCGUAUGGGAAAUGAUAAAAGCUUUAUUAUUAGGAA